AUGUCGUCAACUGUCUGGUACUGCUGCGAGUGCAACUUCGGACCCCACAACUCUGACCUCUACGACGCCUGCAUCAGCUGCGGAAGAGAGCACUGCUAUCGAUGCGUUGAGGAAAAGGUCAUCGGCAGCAACUACGCCCACUCCCACAGCAACGCCCACGCCAGUCAUGGCACCUCGGCGUACCCAUCUGCCGUCGCCGGCCACACUGCAGGCAUGCUCUCUCUCGAGGCCACCCCCGAGGCCAUCACGCCCGUGAAGCCCAUGAGCCUGGGAACCGAUCUCGCCAGUAUCCGCAACCUAUCCCGACCUAAGCAGGCGACCUCUGCCUCGCCGUUCAAUGGCCCAGUGCCAGUAUACGGGCACACCUACAUGUACAUCUGUUGCAGGUGCAAUGAUGGCCCCAAGGUCUUCGAAGUGCAACCAAAAUGCAUCGUCUGUGAUCACCAGGCCUGCGGUACAUGCACCCAUAUCAAAUGA